AAUAAGCAGCUCUCUCCAUGCAAAGCUUUCUCCUCUCUCCUCUCUCCUCUCUGGUUUUCUCCCAUUUUUGUGCAAACCUGAGCUCAUUGAAAUAAGGUUGCUGCUGCCUCCAAAAUGGUUCAACCAAAGGGUGAAGGUCCUUGGUCAACCGGCCUCUGGAGCUGCUUCUCUGACAUGCGUAGCUGUUGCUUGACAUUUUGGUGUCCAUGUAUUACUUUCGGGCAAGUCUCCGAGAUUGUAGAUAGAGGAUCAUCCUCUUGCGGUGCAAACACGGCCCUGUUUUACUUGUUGAGUGCUUUCACUGGUUGUGCUUUCUAUUACUCGUGCUAUUAUCGAUCUAAACUGCGAAGACAAUAUAUGUUGAAGGAGAGCCCAUGUUGGGAUUGCUGUGUUCAUUUUUUCUGCUUUCAUUGUGCCUUGUGCCAAGAGUAUCGUGAGCUCAAAAACCGUGGUUUUGAUGUCUCUGUCGGAUGGGCUGGGAACACGCACAUGCACAAUCAAGGAGUGGCGAUGGCUCCAGUUGUUGAAGGAGCGAUGAAGCGGUAGAGUGUUGUUGUAUAGUGGGAAGGUCUGAAUUAAAGCAAAUCUGCAUGCAUGCAUGGGGGAGUGUUGUCGUUUGGUAGCUUAUAUUGUUGAAUAAUAGGUACCUAUGUAUGUCGUACCUUGUUGGGUUUGGUUUGUUGUAAAAGCCCUUGGCUGGCCUCUUUUGUGUCGUUUGCUGGCUUAUAAUGCAGAAUAAUAAGCAAGGCGUACGCUAUAGCUUGUAAUAAUUAAUGUCGUAAGAAUUUCUAUGUUUGUGUAAUCUGUUGGAACUAAUAAGGGAUCAAAUAUUUGAUCUUUUGCUA